AUGUCGACGGAAGACGUAGUCGUCGUCGUCGAGGGCAUCGACGUCGACCGGCACGACGUGCCGGCGUCGCGCUUCGCUCCGAUCACCGCCGGGGGGAGCAGCAAGUCCGACGCCAUCUCCGUCGAGCAGUACACCGAGGACGGAGACGACGACUGCGACGUGCGAGUCCUGGACUCGGUUCCCGCCGAAACUCGGUUUUCGUCCUCGCGAAAGCGGAAGAAGAAGUCCUUCAGUGGCUCGUCGGUGACCGAAACAGGUCAGCCGUCGAAUUCCAAGUCCGACCCUCCGUUCAUCUGUGAAGUUUGCGCUGUCCCGAGGACGAAUGAGGUCCCGUUUCGUAUCACGGGCUGUGGUCACGCAUGUUGCAACGAUUGCGUCACUAAACACGUAGCUUCGAAGCUUCAUGACAACGUGACGCGCGUAGGCUGCCCCGUCUUGGGCUGUGGCGGCGUCCUGGAGCUGGGGCAUUGUAGCUCGAUACUCCCUCCUGAAGUGUUCGAUCGUUGGGGCAAUGCAUUGUGUGAGGCUCUGAUUUUGGAGGCGGAGAGGUUUUACUGCCCGUUUACGGAUUGCUCGGCGUUGUUGAUCGACGAGGGAGGCGCGGUCGGUUUAAGUGUCAGGAGUUUCAGGGGUUGA